AAAAAAAUCUGAAUCUCAUACUAUAGUAUUCCCCUCCGGUAGCUGGCAUAUCUACUGCCGUCACGAUACCCCUCUAAUAUCCCUGCUCCCCUGAUGCCCAUCGAUCUCUCCCGCGGCAUGUAUGGGCCAAACCAUCAGCAGGGACACAAUUCGCGCCUCAAUGGUGUCCCUGGAGGUCGUGGCAUCGCGCCACAGAUGAUGUACAAUUUUGUUCAGCAGCAGGGUUCUCAUUCACACCACACUCACCCGCAGCAACACCACCAAAACAUCCCCCAAGAUCAUGCAGGUCACGCAGGUACCUCAACUACCCUCACCCACUCUACUUUUUCUUCUGGUCUUAUGUCCAGUGUAACUCCAUUCACACCAAGCAGCCACCAAAACGGAAAUACUCCAGGCUCUCGGGGUGGUCAAACACAGCAGUACAGCGAACACUGGAACGAGCAAUUAAAAUCUUACAAGGAGUCUGAACGUGCCCAUCAGACCAUGACGGAGCAGCACCAACCUCACUACUUUGCUAGGCUACGAGCGAACGAGAACAAAGGUAUUGGCCCAGCUCUCCCAAGCGCCAACCAGCCUGAAUCAACAGUCGAUGGAGAGUUGGAGGAUAGAGGCCGGCCCGUUAAUGUCGAUAAGGCCCUCGAUCGACAGGAUUGGCUAAAUCUCGACUUUAGUGGGCAAGGCUUGAAGAACCUGUCCAUUAUGCUCUUUAAUCACUAUUCCUUCCUCACUGAACUUUAUCUUGCCUCCAACAAUCUCACCCGUUUACCACGGGAGAUAGGGCAGCUUAGAUCAUUGCGGUACCUUGAUGUAUCUCAUAACCAGCUCAGCAUGUUACCUCCCGAGCUAGGCAUGUGUACUCCUCUCCGUCAGUUGCUCCUCUACAACAACAACAUUCAAACUAUCCCCCCGGAACUUGGCGCCUUGCAUUUCCUGGAAUUACUCGGUGUCCAUGGUAAUCCGCUGGAACAAGACCAGAAGCAGAAGCUCGUCGAGGAAGGUACCAAGGCCUUGAUUGCCCAUCUCAAGGAGCAAGCACCAGUACCUAUACCACCAAACCCGCGUUUACCCAUCACUAUUCAGGAAGAUGUGGGCUCGGACAAGGAACACAUUCGCGUCAUGUCGUGGAAUACCCUUUGCGACAAGUAUGCAACUAGCACGCAAUAUGGUUACACCCCAGCUAGUGCCCUGUCAUGGGAAUAUCGGAAGGAUAGUAUCAUGCGGGAAUUCCGUGAACGAAGCGCCGAUAUUCUCUGCCUACAGGAGACCGCUAUGGAUGCGUUCGACACGUUUUUUACCCCCGAGCUUGGUAAACUUGGCUACAAGGGCGUAUUCUACCCAAAGACUCGCGUCAAGCACUUAACAGGCAAGGAUCAACAGUCAGUGGACGGCUGCUCUAUCUUCUAUAAGAGCGACAAGUAUAUCCUGUUGGAUAAGCAGCUGGUAGACUUCAGGCAGACAGCCAUCAAUCGGCCUGAUAUGAAAUCGGCCGACGACGUCUUCAAUCGAGUUAUGCCGAAAGACACUAUUGCUGUCUACUGCUUCUUCGAGUCAAGAUUUACCGGUAAUCGAUUCAUCGUUGUUAACGCACAUCUAUGCUGGGAAUCAUUCUUAGCCGAUGUCAAGGCCGUACAAACAGGAAUUUUGAUGGAGCUUGUCACGAAGCAAUCGGAGAGGUACACGCGUCGGCCGCCCCUAUCGAUCGAGGAGAAGAGGUUAAGCAAGCCUGUAGUCGCGGAGGAAGAUGCGGACGCUGCGGAGGAAUAUCCCGAGCCCGCGCCUAGUCAGGAGUACCGCAACAAUACAGACAUUCCCUUAUUUCUUUGUGGCGACUACAACUCGAUGGCCGAUAGCUCUGUAUACGAACUCUUAGAGAAGGGACGGAUACCUCCCGAUCACCCCGACUUAAUUGGCCACUCGUACGGGAAUUUUACGCGGGACGGCAUCGAGCAUCCGUUUAGCCUGCGUAAUGCCUAUGCCCACCUAUUUGGGACUCCAGCGGAGCUUAGUUUCACGAACUACACGCCGACGUUCUCGGGCGUGAUCGAUUACAUAUGGUACACUACCAAUACGCUGGAUGUCGUCGAGUUACUUGGGCCUCCAGAUUAUGAGUAUCUCAAACGCGUUCCCGGAUUCCCGAACUAUCAUUUCCCGGCUGACCACAUACAAAUCAUGGCGGAUUUCGUGUUCAAGUCUAGGAAAGACAAGAAGGUGAUUGCCGACCAAGAUAGGUCCGGCGGUCCAUCCAGGAAUUAGGCCCAGGCCUGGGUCCGCUACGACACUGGUCAAAUGAAUACAAGAGAGCGCACGUCUCUUGAACCUUGGUCCCGAGGCAUCGUUGCAUUCCACAAAUACGCACCCAUAACGAUGAAAAUGCCCUAUGACGAUUUCGGCUCGAAAGACUUGAAGGAGGCGGAACGCGCUAGCUGCGUGUAUAUGAAGGGAUAAGGUGUGAUGCAGUGAAAUCUUUUCUCAUACAUUGAGGACGGGUUUUGGCAAGGCAGAGUUAGGUUGGAAAUCUCGGAGUGUGGUUUGCAACGUGGAGCGAGGAUGGUUGUUUUUUCGCGAUUUGAUCUCUGCCCUUUAUGUUCCCAGUUUUAUUAUUUUGGCGGUCCAACACGUUACCUUUACAAAUGAAGAUACGAGCUGCAUCGUUUGCAGUCUCUGUUCCUCUUAACUCGUUGCAUACCGUGUCCAUGGGGCUUCUAUGAUAAGAGAUGAAGUGAUGUAGUCUCGCGUGACUGUUCGAUCACGAGCUCGUCGAGUUUAGGUCUACUAACUAGGCCCUAAGAUGGUACUAUCGCGAUUUUGCUCAUGCUGGCUUUUCUUGUAUUUUCGUUGCCUUACGUUGGACGAACACGUUAUGAUAAUGAUUGAUGCGUAUAGACCACUGAUAAGCAGGGAACAUAGACAGAUUACUCGAGCAGUUAGCACACAAUAGCAGUAGAACUUUGCGACGUAUUGCAGGACUAGCUAUAGCAAUUCCACUUUUUUUAGCUCUAGGA